AAAUUUUUUUUUGAAAAAAUGUCAACUGGACCAAGUGGACGCUUUGCUCAUUUUCUGCAUAAAUUCCAACUUUACCUGACAAAUAACGUAGAAUUUACUGAAAAAGAGAAGAAAGAAAUUUAUUUUAGAAGAAUUUCGUAUUUUGCUUUUUUGUUUGUUGUUGUUGUUGGUCUGCCUGUUUGGUGGAUAACGACAACACCUUACAGAGCUUCACUACCCUAUUUUCAAGUUGAUUUUACUUCUGAUUUGGAAAAGAGAUUGCUUCAAUUUUCUCCUAAUAAAACUGAAAAUGACGAAGACAACAAUGUUUGGAAUAAUUUACAAUUACAUUCCCUAUACAAUAUUCAUCUAGUUUUUAUUCACCCUCAACCAGAAAAAUUUGUUAAUUUAUCAAAAAAUGUUUUAAGCAAAAUUGAUUUGUUUACAAAAAAGAUUUUGGCAGUUAAUGGAGGUGUGGAAAUUAACCUCAGUUCUGAACAUUUAUGGGAUUUUUCUUUGAAGAAAAUAAUUUCUAAAAAUAAAAAAUUAACUGACCAACAAAUAUCUGCAAAGCUAGCAACAGCUUUAGAUCGUUAUAUAUUACAGCCAUUGGGACCUGAACCUUUACUUAAGAUUGCUAUAUUUUUUGAAAAUGAGAAAUAUGCAAAAAGUGGAGAAAAUGGAAAGGAAGAACCUACAAUUAGAAGUGUUGAUGAUGAAGGGACUUUAUCAACUGGUCUAGCAAUAGCUAGUUGGGGAGGUGUUUGUUUUCACCAAAACGAAGAGGAUGAAACAAUUUUAUUAAAUUCAAUAAUGGGAAUUGUUUUUAAACAAUUAUCAAUCCCCCCAAUUAAUAAUUCUAAUUUAAUUGAAACAUUGAAGCAACAUCAAAAAAGAUUAACAAUUUAUAAUUUAUUACAAACUCUGAAUUCUUUAAAUGCUUUAAAUGAAUCUUCUAAAAUAGAAGAUCUAGUAAUUUCUGAUGAAGUUGCAGGUUAUGCUGCUUCAGCAAAAUUCUAUUUUUUGAAGAGUUAUAAACAAUUGAUAGAAAAUGAAGAAGAAAUUGAUUUCAAAUCUGCUUCAAAAGCACGUUAUUUUGCUGAAUUAGCAAAUACACACCAUUCUCUACUCGAAUUAUUAAAUUUCCCGUCUGAUCAAAAAUAUGGAGUUUAUGUGCCAUUGUUUUUCCCGUUACUUGUCCCUUUGCUUCAACCUUUGUUUCUUUUCUGUCUGUUUGUAUUUGUUCAAUUCAAGGAUUAUUUAAGGGAAAGAAGGGAGAAAAAGAAUAUUAAAAAGUUGGAAUGAAAAAAUUCUGAUUUUUAAUUCUGAUUUGUUUCCGGAAAGUUUUGGUUAGAGUGAGUUUUAUAUUUUUGCUUCGGAAAGUUUUAUAUUUCUGUUCCGGAAAGUUGUACUAUUAAUAUUUCCGGAAAAUUCCGGAAGGUUUACUAAUACCUAUGCAUUUCCGGAAAGUUUUAAUAU